AUGGACGAAUUAAAAAUAAGCAUAAAGCCCCAGAGUUCAGUGUUCACUGGAGACACAGUUACUCUCAGCUGCGAUGCUGGACGAUCAACUGUACGGAGGAUUAUCUGGUACAAAGACUCCAGCAGAAUAGGAACUGUUGAUGAAACUAAAACACUGACAGAUGUGAAGAUCUCUGAUGGAGGAUGGUACAAGUGUGGUGUAAUAGCAGCAAAUAAUGCCACAACACAAAGUCCAGCAGUCAGGUUAACAGUAACAGAGAGACUCAAAGCUUCAUUGCGUGUUCAGCCUGAUGGAGGUGUUUUCAGGGGACAGACGGUCACUUUCACAUGUCACAUACCAGAUUCAGACGUCACUCGCUGGAGCUACAGCUGGAAUAAAGAUGAUUCAGUGAUUCAGGACAGUGAAUCUCGGGAAUACAGAAUCAGCUCUGUUGAUGAAUCUCACGCAGGUCUUUACAGCUGUAGAGGAGAAGAAACUGGAGGAUCACGACACACACACACCAGCGAUCAACACACACUGACCGUAUCAGUUUAUACAGAGUCAUAUAAAGCUGUUCUGACUGUUCAGUCUGAACCAUCAGAGAUACUCAGAGGAGACACUGUCACUCUCACAUGUGACAUACAGGGAGAAGACUGGAAAUACAGAUUCCACUGUGGAGAUAAAGAGUACAAGUCUGAGGAGAAAGAGUUCAAUAUCACUGUAGAGUCCACACAGAUGUGCAGGUGUUCUGGCUGGAGACAAUCAUCAGGCUCUUCUAAAUGGAGUAAUGAAGUGACUCUGACUGUGUCUGAUAUUAUGGGUUCAGAGUCUUCAUUGUCGGUUCUCUCAGCUCUUAAACUGGUCAGUUUUCUAGUGGCAGCUUCUCCAUAUCUGCUGGUGACCAUCAUACUGGGAGUCAAAUACUGCAGAGCUCAUGCUCAAGAUAAUGAAGUCGAUCAGCAUGCUGCCACAGAGGAGUGAAAGUCUGCAGUCCUGAUUAAUGAACGCCAACUUUUUUAUUUUUAUUUAUAACAUUA